AUGAUCAGAAGGAUACCCGAAGAGGCCCAUGAUUUAUUCGACUAUACCUCGGGAAGAUGGAUCUACAAUGAUGCCCUGAGACACUCCGAGAGACGGCGCUGCUUCGACAUUUCGGAGCUUAAACGGCUCGCUGCUGCGUCCAUACACCAGCGAACGGAAGAUGUUGCCAAAUUCGAGAAACUUGCCGAAGGAGGCUUCAACCGAGCCUUCCUCGUAACCAUGCGCGAUGGCUUUCAGUUGGUUGCCCGCAUCCCUUAUCCGUCGACAGCACCAAAAAACCUCCUCGUUGCCAGUGAAGUAGCCACUAUGGGUUUUCUUCGCUCCCAUGGUAUACCCGUUCCAAAAGUCUAUGGUUACUCGACAGUGUCAACCAACCCGGCGCGCACGGAGUACAUCUUCAUGGAACUUAUCCGCGGUAGGAACCUAGGAGACAUCUGGUUUGACCUGUCAGAAAGACAGAGGAUCACCGUUGUUUCUAAAAUUGUGGAGCUGGAGUCCCGAAUCUUUGCUCUGCGGUUUCCAGCAAGUGGAAGUCUUUACCAUUGUGGUGAUCUUCAGGGUGAAACCGCCAGAACCGCCGUUCCCACCGCCGACCAUUUGUCCGGCGAGAACAAUUUUUGCAUCGGGCCCGAUACUACACUCGGAUUGUGGUUCGGCAAACGACUCGCACUAUCGGCUGAGCGCGGUCCAUGUAAGUUCUGGUGUUUUUUCACAACUGUCAUUAUCCGCAGUCUGCGUAGUUAUAGCCAGCCAUUAACAAAUUUACCAGACAAGGAUUGUUUGGCUGCUCUGACGGCGGGCGCUGAGAAGGAGAUCUCAUAUCUGACUAAGUAUGGACGACCUAUCCUACCUCUCCAGCGUCUUCGGCGGGAAAUAUACGACUACAAGCCCCGUUCACACCUAGAUCACUUGGUGAAUUUGAGACAGUAUCUGCAAAUCGCACCUCAUCUAAUACCACAUCAUGACCCGGCACUGGCCCGCCCAGUCAUGCGGCACCCAGAUCUCCAACCCAGCAAUAUAUUCGUCACUGACAAACUUGAAAUUACCGGCUUGAUUGACUGGCAGCACUCCGCCAUACUUCCACUCUUCCUUCACUCCGCUAUUCCAAACAGCUUCCAGAACUAUGGCGACGAGAUAUCGGAAUCAAUGCAGCUGCCUACCCUACCAGCCAACUUUGACGAGCUCGAUGAAAUGAAACAGUGUGCGGAAGUAGAACUCCUACGCAAGCGCCAGCUGCACUACUUCUACCUUCGAGAAACCGCCAAAAUGAAUCCCGAACACUUUAAUGCUCUGAUGAACGGGCUGAAUACUUUAAGGCGCAAGCUUUUCCAUCACGCCAGCGAACCCUGGGAUGGCGAUAAUGUGACUCUGAAAGCUGACCUGAUCUCAUUAACAGAGAAAUGGCAACAGCUUACUAGCAGCUCCGGCUCGGAAGUACCCUGUCCAAUCACUUUUUCGGAGCACGAGGCUGCUGCGUGUAUCCAGCUGGACAAAGCCCAGGUAGAAGCCGAUGAACAGUUACAGGCUUGUAGGGAAGCUAUUGGAGUAAGCACCGAAGGCUGGGUCCCCCUUGAGUUUUAUGAAGAAGUGAAACAGCGUGAGGUAAAGCUCAAGGCCGAUGCUCUGGAUGCCGCUGAAACCGAAGAGGAGAGAGCGAGGACAAGAGAGCACUGGGUAUUUGACGACUUUUGCGAAGAAGACUAUCUUUAA